UCUACAUUCCCCACUCACAAUCUCUCUCUCUCUCUCUCUCUCUCUCAUCUCAUUUCGUCCUCUGCAUCUCUUCUUAUCGCUAUUUGUUCAUUUGGGCACUUGUUUGGUUUGCGCCCUUGUUUUUUAGGGCACUUUGUUCGUUUUCCUAGGGUUUACCCUGCAGUUUGUGUGAGACCUAAACAACCCGAAUGGCGGUUUCUGGUUUUGAAGGGUUCGAGAAGCGUUUGGAGCUACACUUCUCAGGGGACGACCCUAAAAAUGUAGGGUCGCUCGGUCUUGGUCUUCGCCUCCUUGACUUUGAGUCCUUGCAACAAGUCCUACAUGCCGUCCAAUGCACCGUUGUCUCGGCCGUAGCGAAUCAGCACUUCGAUGCUUACGUGUUAUCCGAGUCCAGCCUCUUCGUCUACCCCACCAAGAUCAUCAUCAAGACAUGUGGGACCACCCAGCUCCUCAAAUCCAUCCCUCCACUCCUCCGCCUCGCUUCGCUAGAUCGCGGCCUCACUCUCAUCUCCUGCCGCUACACCCGCGGUAACUUUAUCUUCCCCAGUGCCCAGCCUUUUCCCUACACCAACUUCCAAAACGAGGUCGUUUACUUAGAGGAGUCACUUCCCGCCACUCUCUGCUACCGAAAGGCCAACGUCAUGCCCUCCAAAACCCCCUCGCACGCGUGGCACGUGUUCACAGCAUCCACGCAAAACACUACAUGUCGUGUAGGGGAAGACGACAACGACGGCGGAUUGUUCACCCUCGAAAUCUGCAUGACCGAGCUCGACCGCGACCUCGCGCGCAACUUCUUUCUCCGUCCCAGCGCCAAAUACGACGGCGACUCUGCUGGCAAAGAGAUGACGGCGGUCACUGGAAUUUCCGAAAUUAACCCUCGGGCUCUGAUCUGCGACUUCGCCUUCGACCCCUGCGGCUACUCCAUGAACGGCAUCGACGGCGACCGCCACUCCACCAUCCACGUCACCCCCGAGGACGGGUACAGCUACGCGAGCUUCGAGUGCGUGGGGUCGGUCUACGACGACCGCGACGACGUUGUUCGGGUGCUGAAGAAAGUCGUCCAAAUCUUCCGGCCGGCGACGAUGUCGGUGUCGACCACGUGCGCGAGCCACGAGGUGUGGACACGUGUCGCGGGGGCAGUGGAGCCGCUGGGGCUGAAGUGCCGGAGUUGCGCCGUGGACGAGUUUCCCGCCGCCGGCAACGUCGUGUACCAAACGUUCAUGGCUCGUCGGAAUACUGAAAAUAAUAAUAAGUAGGAUUAAAUCGUAAUUAAGUGGGGUUUUUUUUUCUUAAUUUUAAUUAGAAUUUUAGGGGAAAAAGCGAUCGGACGGUGGAGGUGCGAGGUGAAAGAAGGUGAUGAUCGAAUGUGAGGGGUUGACUGUUGGGAUAAAUAGUAGAGAUGACGUGGAAGCUAGCACGAUGAUAAUGCACCCCACUUAGGCUUGUCACGCCUAAGAUUUUGAGGUUGUUUUUUGUCUGGUAGUGGGGGAUAUCAAUAUUAAGUGCUAUUUGUUGAGAGGGAAGUUUACUUGAAGUUUCUUUCUUCUACAUUCUCAACCUCUAUUCUUUUCA